UGGGACAAUAAACAGUCGCCAUGAAGCAUUUUUUAAGGGUGCUCACCCAGUUCCUGGUGUUUCUGUACUGCAAAUGUUUGUGGCGAGGUUUGAAGUUUAUUGCCAGGAAGGUGACAGGAAGAUGUGAGCUUCAGCGCAUCUGCUACAACAACAAGCCUGGUGCCCGCCGGACCCUCAAGAUCGAAUCCUCACUCAAAUGUUCUAAAAAUGAGCUUCUGCAGAAUGCUCUCAGUGUUCACCCAGAUGCUGUUGAGAAGACCAUAGAUGACAUCAUGGCCCUGAAAAAGAUCAACCCAGACACAAAUCCACAGUUGGCCAUCUCUCUACAGGCAAGCCUCUUCCAGAUCGUGGGCUACAGGAAUCUGGUGCUGGAGGUGGAGAAGCUGCGCAGGGAGCCAUACGACUGUGAAAAUCCAGCUCAUGAAGAGAUGCUUAUGAAGCUGUGGAAGACACUCCGUCCUGAUUCUGCCCUUACGGGACGCAUCUCUAAGCAGUGGUGUGAAAUUGGAUUCCAAGGCAGUGACCCUAAAACUGACUUUAGGGGCAUGGGGUUAUUGGGUUUACACAACCUACUGUAUUUUGCGGAGCACGACAAGGCCGCUGCUCUCCAAGUGCUGCACGAUUCUCUGCAGCCCAAACACAGGAACAUUUCCAAAGAGGAAGCCAGUAAGAUGAGCAAAGCUGAGUGGGAGAAGCAGAAAUUCGACAAAGCUAUCGGAUACUCCUUUGCCAUUGUCGGCAUCAACAUCACGGACCUGGCCUACUCCCUGCUGGUGAGCGGAGCUCUGAAGACUCAUCUGUACAACGUGGCACCUGAGAUGCCCAGCCUGAUGCACUUCCAGCAAACCUUCUGUUAUCUGAUGCAGGAGUUCCACCGGUUCUGGAUCGAGGAGGAUCCGUGUGACAUCAUGGAGUUCAAUCGAGUGCGCACCAAGUUCCACAAGCGCGUCCUGAAGCAGCUGAAAAAUCCUGACAUGGCACUGUGUCCUCAUUUCACCGCCUCUGACCUUCACCUGGUCAACCUGUAG